AUUGCUCCCAGCUGAGGAGAGCUGCAAAUUCCUGGCAUUUUACCCUGCCGCUCUCGGAGCAUCCUUGUGCGUGCGGUCGGGCACGGUGCUGAGGGAUGGACCGCAGCUCUGCGCGUCCCUCCCCAGCGCUGGUGUGGCCGACAGCGGCGUGGUCCGGGGCUCGGAUCGGGCGCUGAUUCCCUUUGAGAUGUUGGUCGUUCCGGCACAAGCAGUCACCCUCACCGUAGCCCAGGCCUUCAAAAUUGCAUUUGAGCUCUGGCAAGCAGCUAAGGAAGAGAAGGAGAAGCGGGAAAGGUCCAUCUUGGAAGGAGAAGGGACGAGCAGCCCCAGCUCGGAAGCCCCUGCUCACCCUGACACACCAGCAGCCACGGGAAACCUGCUGGAUUUAGAAGACCCUGCCAAAUCGCCCCUGACCAGCAGCGCAAACUCCCCGCACUUAGAUAACAGCGCGUUUGGGCCCAGCUCCUCUGUAAAUAACAACGUGGUGUGGGAAAUGGAUGAUGGUCUUGACGAGGCGUUUUCAAG